AUGUGUAAUAUAUUUUUAAUUACGAUAGUACUAUUACACUGUUCGAUUCCCGCUCAGCUGGACAAGUACGAUGUUCUAUUGAUACCAGUACAAAAAUUACCGAUCAAAACAAAAAAUGUGAACUACUCGCCGAUGCAGAGACAGCGAUAUUCAAAGAGAUUCAAGAAAGAUGAUUCAGAUAGAAUCGAUUUUGAUUCUUAUGAGGAUAGAGGAACAGAUGUAGCAAAUAGAGAUAGUUCCGAAUAUGGAAAAGACCGCGAUGGAGAAAGGGUUGGAGAGUUCCGAGCUUACGAUUUCGAAUCCAAUUACGGUGAUGAUAAAAUUGUUGGAGGUUUUGAAGUUGAGAUCAAUUUGUAUCCCUAUCAUGUUGGAUAUGGUUCAAACUGUGGUGGAGCAAUUAUUGAUAAGAGAUGGGUCUUAACUGCCGGGCAUUGUGGCAAGAAGUCAUACAUAAGGGCGGGUUCAAAAUACAUAAACCAAGGAAAGAAAAUAAAUGUAAAGAAAGGAUAUGUACAUCCAAUGUGGACAGCCAAAAAGAAGGAACAUCCAUUUGACUAUGAUUUCCAACUUCUGGAAUUAAGUGAGCCAUUGAAAUUUGAGGAGAAUAUACAACCUAUUAAGAUAGCACAUAUUGAAGAUAUGGUUAUAGGGAAAGUUAUAACUGUAACUGGUUGGGGCAACACUGAGGAAAACGGUCCAUACUCAAACGUACUUCGAGCAGUCAGGGUGCCGAUAAUAUCAAAAGAGCGCUGUCAAAAUGUGCCGUUCCCAUAUUUCAGAGGAAGUUUAACUGCUAGAAUGUUCUGUGCGGGAUACGCGGAAGGAAAGAAAGAUGCUUGCCAGGGUGACUCAGGAGGCCCAGCAGUAGCAUACGACCGACUUCUGGGAAUGGUUUCUUUCGGUUAUGGGUGUGCCACUCCCGGAUCUUAUGGAGUAUACAGCAAGGUUGCUAAAGUCAGAACAUGGAUCGAACAGACAACAGGAAUCACAUUCGAUUAA